AGCAGACUGUGUCCUUGCUCUUGGAUUCGAGAAGAUGGAAAGAGGUUCUCUCUCAUCAAAAUAUACAGACAGAUGCAAUCCUAUGGAAAAGCAUUUGGAAGUAAUGAUCAACACGUAUGGCAUUGCUGCAGCACCAAUGGCCCCUCAGAUGUUUGGGAAUGCAGGAAAGGAGCACAUGGAGAAAUACGGUACAAAGCCAGAACACUUUGCUAAAAUUGCUUGGAAGAAUCAUAAGCAUUCAACGAAUAACCCAUACUCCCAGUUCCAGGAGGAGUAUACUUUGAACCAAGUGAUGAAGUCACGGAAUGUUUUUGACUUCUUAACGCUCCUUCAAUGUUGUCCAACAUCAGAUGGGGCAGGAGCAGCAAUUCUAGCUAAUGAAGACUUUGUGCGAAAACAUGGUUUAGAGCCAAAAGCAGUUGAAAUAUUGGCACAGGAGAUGAUCACAGACUUUCCAAGCACCUUUGAGGAAAACAGCUGCAUAAAAAUGGUUGGGUACGACAUGACCAAAGAAGCUGCCAGAAGAUGCUUUGAGAAAUCUGCUCUGAGUCCCAGUGAUGUGAAUGUGGUUGAACUUCAUGAUUGUUUCUCUGCAAAUGAGCUCAUUACUUAUGAAGCUCUUGGGCUGUGCCCUGAAGGAAAAGCUGGUGAUCUCAUUGACAAGGGUGAUAAUACUUAUGGAGGAAAAUACGUUAUAAACCCCAGUGGUGGCUUAAUUUCAAAAGGUCAUCCUCUAGGUGCCACAGGUCUUGCACAAUGUGCUGAACUCUGUUGGCAGUUAAGAGGGGAAGCCGGAAGAAGGCAAGUUCCUGGUGCAAAGGUUGCUCUUCAGCACAACAUAGGCCUUGGGGGAGCUGUCGUUGUAACAUUGUACAAAAUGGGUUUUCCUGAAGCUGCAAGAGAUCAGAAUAUCCAGGCAGUUCUCACAAGUGCCGGUGUUAGCACAGACGGAUUUAAAUCACAUGCUGUUUUUAAGGAAAUUGAAAAGAGGCUACAACAAGAAGGUCCUCAGUUUGUGAAGAAGAUUGGAGGUGUGUUUGCUUUUAAAGUGAAAGAUGGCCCAGGCGGUGAAGAAGCAAUGUGGACAGUAGAUGUUAAAAAUGGCAGUGGUUCUGUGUACGCCAGCGGCGACAAGGUAGCCGAUUGCACAAUUACAAUGUCUGAUGAAGACUUUCUAGCACUGAUGACUGGCAAGCUGAAUCCUCAGACAGCUUUCUUUCAAGGAAAACUGAAGAUUGCUGGUAACAUGGCUAUGGCAAUGAAACUCCAGAACCUACAACUUCAGCCUGGCAAAGCUAAACUUUGAAGGGUUGAUCCUCUGCUCUCUAACUUGCUACUGUAAUCCUGACUAAUUUUGUAUAGGGCACUUUUGAUAAAGAUGGUGCUCGGAAUGUUUUAAAUAUGGGAUUUAACUUUUGCUCUGUAGGCCACAGUGUGGUUGAAGACACUAACUCAAUUCUGAAUGAUCAGUGAAAUGAAACUAAAGCAUUCCCUGGCCUUUCAUCCCUUGCAAUAUGCAGCCCAGUGAAAGGACAGGCUGGAUACAGAUUGGAACGUAAUAUAUGAACUACAGUGAGACAGUCCUGCUGUGAUUUUCUCAUGGCAUCCAUUGGAACUGUUUGCAGUAUCACUGGAUACUUGCCUAGAGAUUUGCUUCUUGCAGUGCAAUUCAUUUCUUUCUUGACAUGUUAUAUUAACAUUAAUAAGUAUAUUAUUUUAUUCUGGCAGGCUUUGUGUAUUUUGGUCAGUGAUCUGAAACUACCAGAUAUGUGGAAUGCCACUCUUCCAGUUAAUUUUCUAUAACCGUGUGUGUGUGUGUGUGUGUGUCUGUGUGUGUGUGUGUGUCUGUGU